GGCACAUGGGGUGCAGGAAUCUCAGGCAUGUGGCUCUGGGCCCAAGGUUCCAGAUAUUUGGUCUCCCCAGGGAUGGGAGAAUGGGAGGCUGGGUGGGGCCUAAACUGAGACAGGGGAUUCUGGGCUCCAGCGGCCUCCCCCUCAGCCCUGGCCAGCCCCACCCUAGAGCCCUGCCCAGUCCCCUCCCUGUGGGGGGCUGGGCUGAGGGGAGGAGUUGGGGUUCGUUCACAUUUUCAGGUCUUUCCAGCCCCUGGCCAGCCUGGCAGCCGGACAAACCAGCUCCUCCAGGCCCAAGGCGUUGGGGGAGGGGUGCGGCAGAGGGGCAGUGGGAGCAGCCCCAGGCUGCGGGUGUGGUGGAAGGCGGCCAUCAUGGGGUUCUCCCAGAGGCAGCCUCGCCCGUGGCUGCUGCUCCUGUUGGAGGCGCUGGUCUGGCACCAGCCCUGCAUGAACCUGGAGCUGAUCCCCUACACGCCGCAGAUAACAGCCUGGGACCUGGAAGGGAAGGUGACGGCCACCACGUUUUCCUUGGAGCAGCCGCGCUGUGUGCUGGACAGUCACGCCAGUGCUGCCAGCACUGUCUGGCUGGUGGUGGCCUUCAGCAAUGGUGUGUCACAGCCCUCCAGGGACUUCCAGAACCCAACGACGCUGGCUGCGAUCCCAGCCUCUCCUCAGCUGCUGACCACUGAUGGCCACUACAUGACGCUGCCCUUGUCCCUGGAGCAGCUGCCCUGCAAGGAGGAUCCCGUGGGUGACAGCAGCAUCCCCGUGUUGCGGGUGGGCAAUGACCCCGACUGCCUGGCUGGCCUCCACCAGCCAGCCUACUGCAAUGCCCCCCUCCCGGGCCCCGGACCGUACAGGGUGAAGUUCCUCCUGAUGGACGCCAGGGGCUCACCCCAGGCCGAAACCAGAUGGUCGGACCCCAUCACUCUCCACCAAGGGAAAUCCCCAGGCUCCAUCGACACGUGGCCAGGGCGGCGACAUGGUGACAUGAUUGUCAUCACCUCCAUCCUCUCCUCUCUGGCCGGCCUGCUGCUCCUGGCCUUCCUGGCAGCCUCCACUGUGCGCUUCUCCAGCCUGUGGUGGCCUGAGGAAGCCCCUGAGCAGCUUCGGAUUGGCUCCUUCAGGGGCAAGCGCUACAUGACCCACCACAUCCCGCCCAGUGAAGCUGCCACCCUGCCGGUGGGCUGCGAGCUGGGCCUGGACCCCUUCCCCAGCCUCAGCCCUUAGCCUGGCCUGUGUGCCUGGCGCUGGGGCAGGGAAGGGAGGGGAGGGAGAGACAUGGGCAGAGUGCUCCUCCUCAGCCCUUGCGCCCACGCGCCCUCCCCUGUCACACUUCCCCCUGCCUGAAAUCCCUCCGCCGGCAGCCCUGACUGGCUUUCCCAUUUCCCGCUCUCUCAGGCAACUGAAGCUGCAUGCAGGGGAGUUUGGGUGAGGGCCACAGUCAGGCUGGGCCUCCAGCCCCCACCGCCCUCCCUACCUCUGUUCUGCACAUCCUCCUGUGAGUCAGGAUGGAAAGGCCACCCUGACUGGAAGCUUCCAGGCCCCGGGGGAGGCCUAGAGCAGACCUAGGAAGCUGGACUGGGACCACCAUGGGAGUGUGGGGCCUGAGCCUCCCCGGUCUCCGUCCCGCCGGCCAGUGGCUGGGGCUGCAGUGAAGCCGUCAGGGGCAUCUUCCCUGUCCCUGGGCACAGGCCCUUCUUGAGCGUGGCUAGAAGGUCAGAGUGUAGAUGCACCUUAUGACCGUGUGGCCACUGAUUUGGGCCACCACUUCCAACUCCCCUGCACACACAGAGGGCCCUCGCACUUACCUACUCACUGUCACUCCACAAACUUGUUGAGUGCCUACUGCAUGCCAAGCACACUGUUAGACAUGUGGCCUCAGGCAGGUCUUGGGGAGCUCACUCACUGCUCUGGACCUCAAACGGCAAUAUGUCCAGAUGUGACCUGUUACCGUUGAGAGGCUGUCGCGCCCUCAGAUUGUCACAUACACUGGGCCUCACACUCCCUCAGACAAUCACCCCAAUGGGCUCUCUUGGGUCCACAAUCACCCCCCACCUGCAGUCACUGGAGGACAGGUUUCAUUCCCCCAGCGUCUGUCUGCCCAUAAGGCUGGUGUUACCCUCUGUGGCCACACGAGGGCGACCAGUGCACCGCAGAUCUUGCCGAACAGUCCAGCAUGAGCACUCCCAUUCGCGGACCUGCAGGGCGCCGCUCCCACCCGGUAACCCGACGGUCAAAGAGCAGCACCACUCAGCAGGGUCUCUGGAGGUCAGGGCUCCAGGCCCCACUUCGAUCACGCCAGAGGGAUAAGCAGUUGCGCUCCUCUUGUCCAAUCCACGCAGCCUCACCGUUUUCUAGAUGGAGAAACAAGCUCAGUGACUUGCCCACUGCGCUGUCCACUGCUACCCCACACGCUGGCCCCUGGCCCCUGACCCCUCUAGCCUGACUGCAGUGCCUGCGGGCCGGUGGCGGGGGGCAGAGGGGUAGGUAAAUAAAUGCUGUCUGCCUUU